AUGUCGGGCGUGGCGACGACAUCAACCUUGGACUCUUCCCCUCCCGCCGCUGUGCUCAUACUCGCUGGUAGACCCAGCUAUCCACUCUGUAUCAUCAUGAAUAGACUCAGCGCAUAUGGCACUCCAGGCAUCCGUCUCAUCAUCUCCUUUCUCAUCAAAGUUUCUCUACCUUCCCACCUACUUUACAGAGCAGUAGAACACUGUUUUCCACGAAUAGACGUCCAUUUGGGAUGGGGCUGCUACACCGUCCUUGGAUCUCUGCUCGUUCUAAUGCUACACAUCCUCUACACCCACAUUCUAUCCCUUUACUACAUUUACCGUGCCCGACAACUCAACGCCCAGCUCCUCCCUGCCGUCAGUGGACGAUGGCCAGGCAACUUCGACCUCUUGCGACAGUGGCUCGGGAUAUGGAAGAGCGGAUACCCAGGUGAUAUUGCUGGACGGAUCAUGAACCAACUGGGCGUCGAGUCGUAUGGCGUCAAGCUUUUCUGGCAUAAUACCGCAUUCACCGCAGACCCCGCGAUCAUCCGAGAAAUCCUUACGACGGAUCACGCAAACUAUAUCAAAGGAGCUCAGGUCACCAGCGCGAUGCACUCUGUCCUCGGUUCGGGUGUCUUUAACACAAACGGCGACCUCUGGCGAUUCCACAGAAGCAUGUCACGUCCAUUCUUUACCCGAGACAAGUUGACGCGUAUCGUACCAACCUUUGUGCGUCACGCGGACAAGGCCCUCGACCUCUUUGACAAGGCGAGUUUGCACGCGUCGGUCGACAUUCAAGACCUCGCCUCGAAAUUCACUUUGGAUGCCGCAACGGAAUUUCUAUUCGGUACCUGCGUACACAGCUUGGACGCGGCCCUCCCGUCUCCCAUCACGACUCCGUCUCCAUCUCCGUCGUCGUCGAAUGUGGCCUCUUCAAAGGGCAAGUCGUCGGAAACCAUUCUCCCGCUCAGCAACGGUACCAACACACUAGAUAAUAUCUCUCACGAUCAUCAAACGGGCAAAUCAUUUCCAACCGCCUUUACGUCGGCACUCUAUACCAUUGCAUCCCGUUUACGCUCUGGUAGUCUUUGGCCGCUGCUUGAGAUUACCAAGGAUUCGACAAAGCAGGAUGUGAUUGUCAUUCGGCGGUUUGUCAGGGGGAUCGUCGAAAAGGCGCUGGCAAGGCGAGAUGCCAAGGCUCGAAAGGAGUUUGUAUUUGGAACCGGGCCCAGCGACUUUGCUUCGUCGGAUGAGAGGACGGGAGAGGAUGUCGAGACCCUGUUGGAUCACUUGGUUACCGUCUCGGAUGAUAUUGAACUCAUCCAAGACGAGUUGAUCAACAUUCUGAUCGCGGGUCGCGACACCACGGCGUCAUCCAUCACCUUUGCGACAUAUUUGCUCUCGCAACACCCAGAAGUGUUAGAAAAGCUGGCCAAGGAAGUAUCAGACAUACUUGGGUCGACCUCUUGCAACGAGCCCACACUCGACUCGCUCCGCCGUAUGCCAUACCUCCGCGCAGUUAUCAACGAGACACUACGACUCUUCCCAGCCAUUCCCCUCAAUCUACGUGAUUCGAUCCACGAACGAGUUUGGACAGAUUCAAAUGGCCAACGAUUCUAUGUCCCGCCUGGCACGAGCAUCACCUACUCCAUCUUCCAUCUCCAUCGUUCGCCCAACCUGUGGGGUCCAGACGCAAAUGUGUUUCGACCCGAGCGGUUCAUGGAACAAGUGAGGGGCAAGGAUCUCAAGGAGAGUAAGGACGGCGAGAGGAAGCUGUUUGCCUUUUUGCCGUUUAAUGCUGGACCCAGGAGCUGCCUUGGACAACAGCUCGCAUAUGCUGAACUUGGCGUCUUUCUCACUCGAUUCGUCCAACGGCUUUCCUCGACAUCGGUACGCUCGACGCCUCCGACCUCGUCGUCGUCCGCUUCUUCCAUCCCGACUCCGUCCGCACUGUCCAUCAAUACCAACACCGUUUCCAAGAGGAUACUGGUUCUCGAUGAGGCGGCUAUCCCACCGUCUGCACGACCGCCGGCAAUAUGGAGACAAGAAACAUCGUCGUCUGUCCCGGAAAAGUCCAGCGCGGACGUGCUUCCACUUCAUGUAGCGAGAGAGCAAGGAUUAGGACGCGUCGAUCCGAGAAACGUACCCUCGUCGACACCGACUGGGGUCAGCCCGCGACGGGCUGUUGAACGUAUAUGGCCCAAGAGCCAUUUGAGCAUGUUUGUCGAAGGGGGUGUUUGGUUGACCACACGUGUGGUUGGAUGA